AUGCCAUCAGAGAAAGCAUUGAAAGUUGUUGAUAAACCAUUUUCAGCAAUGGUACCGCCUGUAAACAAAAACAUUUCAGCCGAAACAAAGCAAACAGUAGACGAUACAUCAUUUGAAAGUAGUGAAAUCUGGACUGCAAUGAGGGACUGUGUUGGAAAACGAGUAACAGAAAUGACAAAAGUAGAAAAAAUGUUGUGCACUGAGCCAUUACAAGUUGCUGACAUUGCAGUGAUGCAGUCAGGGAAAAAUGAAAAAGUAAGUCUGAUUGACGACCAGAAUCUAGUAGUCAAGGAGAAUAAUGAUAGUAUUGCAAGUCAAUAUCAUUCAGACGAGAAUAUUAAUAAACUGUGUACGAAUCUGUCUUACACUUCAAUCUCCGAUGAUACGUUAUUACGUUUAGGCUGCAGCCUAGAUUAUGUUUAUAAUGAACAGACCGGUGAAGUAGUCGAUAAUAGCGAGGUGAUCGGUAGUGCUAAUAUUAUUCCAGAAAAUGACCAGAAUUUUGAAAUAAAUGGAUGGGAAAAGAUUCGAGACGAAUUAGAGCAAGAAAAGGAAGAACUGUUGAAGUGUGAUGAAAGUUUAGCCAAGCACGUGAUUACAUCGACUUGCAGUAAUGAUGAAGUGGGAGUUUCUGAAAUACGAAGUAGUACUAUCAAAACAGAAGAGAAUUACACAGAUUCCAAGGCAAUAAAAUCUCCAAAUAUAAGAUGUAUUGUUCAACAGACAAAAAUUCUAGAAAGUAUUGAAGAGGAAGAAGGGAAUACUACAACAACUUUCAAUAAAAGCAAAGAUUUAUUCGAUAGUACAUUGAGUGGCUCACAAUUAUUUUCUGACAAAUCGCAAAGUUCAGUUUGUCUGCAGAACACUCUCGAAGAGUAUCCUUGUUCAUCUUCAGAAUCACCAGGGUUCCGAAGUCCACUUCACAAAAUUCUGAAACCUGGAUCACCUUUGAUAACGGUGAAUAAUGAGAUUGUGUUGGAUAAAAAUAUUAACAAGAAAUCGACUGGUGAUGAGAAGGAAAAUGGCGAAUUUGAAAUUAUCAAUGUUUGUGAGUCAGAAGCACUGUGGAAACAAUUUGAAGUACAAAGAAAGAGCUGGAAUCAGAUCGGUUUAGCUAUUGCUGUCGAUAGCAAAGAUGUUGUUGGCGUAGCUCUGUGUGCAUUGUUCAACAAAUGCUUUUAUAUUGACCUCACACAAAAUUUUGAAAGUGCGAUUGGAAUAGGCAGACGACUCGAAGCACUAUACGUGAUCCUGAAAUCGAAUCAACAGAAAUGCUUGUAUGAUUUUCAAUCAUUUGCUCGUGUUUUAAGAUAUCUUUCACUUGCAGAAAGCCAGAAUUUGCAAUUCAAUCAUUGUAUUUGCAUACAAACAUUGUCAUAUAUGGCUCACUAUCGCAUGGACAAUGAUGAAUACCCUUUGUCAUUUCAGGAUUUAGUUAUGCAGCUUAGCUCUCCCGAACGUGCAGUCAUUCUGCAAAGUUCAACACCCCGUAUAAAUGCAGUGGUUAGUGCAUUCGUAUGCUUGCACAUGUAUGAUGAUUUAAUGUCAGCAGCAGUUCGAUUAUCAUCGAUUGAAUCAGUAGAGCUAGAACUGCAGUCAGCCAUGUUAUUCGCUGAAAUGGAAUCUGUGGGUUUGCUGUUUGACAAGCAUAAAGCUGAAAAUAUGAAAACGGAGAUUAAGCAAAAAUUAACUGAAAUCGAAACAAAGGCUUAUCAUAUUGCUGGAAUUCCAUUCAAUUUUAACUCGGCAGCUGAAAUUUCAAAGAUACUUUUUGUACGCUUGGGAAUUCCACCACCAAAUGAAUCUACUAGUCGUCAUUACUCAACUGGCAAAUCCGUUCUCAAACCAUUAGCUCGACAUUAUCCGAUCGCAAAUUUAAUCUUAAAGUGGAGACAAAUAAAUAUCGCUUUAACGACAUCACUACCAAAACUUUUGAAAUCAUGUAGUUCUGUUGGACGCAUUCAUCCUCAAUUUGUGAUACACUGUAGCACUGGUCGAGUUUUAACGGCACAUCCAAAUGUGCAAAAUGUUCAAAAAAAUGAAAUUAUUAGUGGUUAUUCUAUUCGUUCAUUGUUCAUAGCUCCAAAUGGUAGAAUAUUGAUAUCUUCUGACUAUUGCCAACUUGAACUGCGAAUAUUAGCACAUCUCUCUGCUGAUCCCAAGCUCAUAUCAAUAUUUUCAAUUGCGGGUGAUUUUUUUGAAAUUAUGGCGGAAAGAUGGAAUGCUGAUCAAGCAGUAGACGUAAAUAGGGAUAAAGUGAAACAGCUUUGUUACGGUAUAAUUUAUGGUAUGGGUGCUUCCUCUCUGAGCAAAGAGUUAGGUAUAUCUAGGCAGCAAGCGCAAAUAAUGAUCAUCUCGUUUUUUCAACAAUUUCCUAAAGUGAGGAUAUGGAUGGAUAAAAUGUUAGCAGCUUGUCGAAGUGAUGGAUUUGUUAGUACAAUGCUUGGUCGAAGGAGGUUUUUGCCUCAUAUCACUAGUGUGCUACAGACAGAAAAAGCUCAAGCUGAACGCCAAGUUAUUAAUACUUGUAUACAGGGUUCAGCAGCGGAGUUGUUCAAAAUUGCCUUGCUGAAGCUACAGAAGAACUUACGUGGUACAAAUUCGUUCAUUAUCAUGCAAUUGCACGAUGAAAUUCUGGUGGAAGCUGAUGAAGAUUCGUUACCUUCAGUCGCUAAUAUUGUCGAACAUUCGAUGACAUCAGUUAUUACAGGAUUUCGAGUUCCAUUGGCUGUGAAAAUUUCAGCGGGAGGAAAUUGGGGAAAGCUUCAAAAAUAUGCUAGAAAUUGA